AUGGUAGAACGUCAAGACCCCCGCGAAUUCGACGCCAUGCCAUAUUUCGACACGGAGAUGCGUCAGAUGCGAGUUCUUUACUCCAAGAAAAUUACUCUUCAGACUGAAGACUUCAGUGUGACACCCAAUGAAGCUGAGCCUCAACUGCUGAGAUGCACAGGACGCCAAUAA